AUGGCUCGGUUUGCUUCGCUUUCCACGAGCCCGUGCGUCCGUUGGGUGGCCUUGGCGGCUGCGAUCCUCGUCAGCGUCGUGGAAGUCCCGGCAGUUCAAUGCCAGUUACGUUUUGCAGCUAUCGGAAAUUGGGGUUUUGACGUCUCUGGCCAGAAAGAAGUCGCGGAAACCCUCAAGAAGGCUGCUGCUGAACAGCGCAUCAGCUUCUUAGUCAGCCCAGGUAGCAACUUCCCUAAUGGCGUUUCCGGCGCAAACGACACCAAGUGGGAGGAAUCGUUUGAAAAUGUCUACUCUGAUGAAAACGGCUCUCUUAAAAUGCCAUUUUUGACGGUCUUGGGUGCGGAGGACUGGUCCGGCAAUUACACCGCAAUGCGCGAAAGAACAGAUCUUGUCUACGGUGAAGGCUCCGAAGCAGAUCUCGUUUCAAACUCACCUAAAUGGACUCUACCCAACUGGUGGUACCACUACGCCGUACACUUCGCUGCCACAACUGGAAGCGCCUUCAUCAGCUCCGGGCACAAAGACAUGAGCGUGGGUAUGGUGUUUGUGGACACUUGGGUUCUUUCCUCUGCUUUCCCCUUUGGAAACGUAACAGAGAAGGCAUGGAAGGACCUCGAGAGGACUUUAGAGAUAGCUCCAAAAGUGUUCGAUUACAUCAUUGUAGUGGGCAACCGGCCGGUUUACAGUAGCGGAUCAUCUAAGGGAGACUCAACAUUGCAGUAUUACCUGCAGCCGUUACUGAAAAAAGCCGGAGUAGACGCGUACAUCUCUGGAUACGAUCGCGACAUGGAAGUCAUUGAGGACGACGAUAUCUCCUACAUCAACUGUGGUACGGGAUCCCUCUCUGGCGGUUCGGCUCUCGUGAAAGCCUCAGGCUCGAAGUUCUUCAGCGGCGACAAGGGUUUCUGUCUCUUUGAAAUGUCAGCUGAGGGACUUGUCACGAAAUUCAUCAACGGAGAAAACGGAGAAACUCUAUACGAGCACAAACAGCCACUGAAGAACAGGCCAGAGAGAUCCACCAUCGACCAGUUCAACUACCUCACUGACAUGCCAGAAGUGACUUAUUUCCCGGUGCCUGAGAUGGGGAAGCUGCCGGGUAAAGACGUUUUCGUUCGAGUGGUCGGGACCAUUGGUCUUUGCAUUUUGACUUUCUUGGGCACCCUGGGCAUCGCAACUGGCAUUUCGCGUGCAAUGAAAUGA